UUCACUCAUAUAUUACCAAUAAUAAUGAUUAUCAAGACUACAGCCAUCCAAUCAAUUAUUAUAAUUGGAAUCAUUUAUUGGAUAAUUCCGAUAAUGAUAAUGUAUGUGAAAUGGGAUCGGGAGGUAUUGGUGGUGAUGCCAUAGUAUGGCAACAUUAUCUGCUUCGACAUCGAAUGCUAAUGCAAGCGAAGCCCCGAAAAGGCGGACAAAUUCGGUUCACUUGUCAACAGUUGCAGACUUUGGAGAAGCGGUUCGGACAACAAAAAUACUUAUCACCGGAUGAAAGGAAAACCAUUGCCUCUCAGUUGGCACUCUCUGAGCGACAAAUUAAGACUUGGUUUCAAAACCGAAGGGCAAAAUGGAGACGUUGUAAGCAAUUGAGUGUCACUACUGAUCCCGAAGAAGAUAAACAUAUUUUGUUUGAUAAUAAUUGUAAUAAAUGUGAAAACACGCACUCAUGGAGUCGUGACAAUCAUAAUGACGAUCCUUAUGAGACAUUUGAAUCCAAUAAUACACACAACUAUCGCACUAAUGACAGAUUUAGUGAUUAG